AUGGCGACUUUGGAAGAGAAACUGGACAAGAUCCGGUCGCCGAACCUUCAAAGUCAGCAACAGACGGUUGUGAUCUUGAAGGCGGUCGACGAGACUCUGAAGGAGCAGGGAGCCGAAGCGACACCCACGGGCUACUUCGCCGCCCUUCUAGGCCUCCUGAACCAGUCCAUCACAGACGGCCAGAUCAACAAGGAGUUGACCCCGUCCGUGGUCUACCUUCUCGAUGUCGUGACGCCCUUCGCCCCCCAGUCGCUGCUCAGAUCCAAGUUCACCCAGAUCCUCACCCUCCUCGCUCCGGUUCUGCUGCUUUCCGACGCAGAGGCCCCGCUUCUGAAGCCAUCCAUCGGCUGUCUCGAGGCUCUCCUGCUUGCCCAGGACUCGGCAGCAUGGAAACUCACCACUAACGAGAUCAGCCCCCGCAGGGCCGUCGCCGGCCUGCUGAACCUCGCCCUGGACCACCGCCCCAAAGUGAGAAAGAGGGCUCAGGAUGCCCUGCGAAAGGUGCUCAAGAACCCACCACCCAGCCCAUCCCUCGACCACCCGGCCGCCGAUCUAUGCGCCGAAAUCGCCAUGAAGGGCCUUUCCGAGCUGGCGGCCAAGGCUCUGCAGUCCCGGAAGCAGAAGAAGUCGGCCGAGGGCGAGCACGACCCGGCUCUGAUCCACGCUCUGCAGCUGGUCAAGACCGUCACUUCUGCCAGCGGCGGCUGGCCGAGCAAGAACAUCGAGGCUCUGUGCGAGCUCCUGCUCAGCAUUGCCAAGACCGGAAACGAGCACAUGACCAUGGCCGUCUUCGACAUCUUCGAGAUGAUCUUCGAGGGCAUGGCUGACGAGUUGGGCUCGGCCAAGCUGCCGCGCCUCCUCGAGAUCAUUGGGGAAAUGCGGCCUUCUGCGAACGACACGCAGCUACUUCCGCCAUGGAUCGCCAUCCUUUCCCGAGGCUACGACGUAUCUGCUCAGAUUGAGCCCGAAGACACCUUCCAGAAACUCCCCGAGCUCUUCAGUAUGGUUUCCGAGUUUUUGGAGUCAUCCUCGCACAACAUCCGGGUUUCUGCAUCGGAAUGCCUGGUUUCAUUUGCUGCCAACUGCAUCCCCAGUCAGGUCAUUAUCGAGCCUUCGAUAUUCGACGAGAAGGUCCUCGAGAAGCUUUCCAAGAUCGCAGAGGAUCUCCUCACCGUGAGGUAUCAAGCUGCGUGGAUGGAGACGUUCAAUGUGCUCGGCGGUCUAUUCGACGCUCUCAGAUGGCGUUCCCACCCGGUGCUGCUCAAUGUUACAAAGAGUGUCGGAGACCUGCGCGGCAACGACUCGUUCAUGGGCAAGAAGGAGGCAGAUGAGGUGCUUGGAAAGGCCAUCCGAGCUAUGGGGCCGGAAGCAGUCCUCAGCGUUCUCCCCUUGAAUCUGCUCAAGCCGGCCAAGGGCCAGCCCGGCCGAGCCUGGAUGCUGCCCAUCAUGAGAGACUACACUAGCAACACCAACCUGCAGCAUUUCAGGACCGAGCUGGUGCCUCUCAGUGAGGCCAUGUUCCAGCGAGUUGUGGACAACGGUGACGCGCCGAAAACCAUGGAAAUCAAGAUCUACGAGACUUUGGUGCAGCAGACCUGGUCGAUUCUCCCAGGUUACUGCGAUCUGCCACUGGAUCUCACAGUUGCUUUCGAUCAAUCCUUCGCAGAAAUGUUGGCCAAUCUAUUGUAUCAGCAAGUUGGCCUGCGCCUCGAUGUGUGUAAAUCAUUGAAGACUCUCGUGGAAUCGAAUCAAGCAGUUCUCUCGAUAGAGGAUGGCGAGGACUUGGCUCUGCAGAGCCGUGUGACGAAGGAUGACGCCAAGAAGAACCUAGAAUACCUGGGCACUUAUGCGGGCAACCUUCUCGCUGUUCUGUUCAACGUCUACAGCCAAACCCUUGCUCAAUCAAGAGGACCAAUUCUGCAGACUAUCAAUGCCUACCUAAGUAUCACCCCAGAGAAGGAGCUCGUGGAGACCUUUGAUCGGGUCAGCAACAUGCUGGCGACAGCAAUUGCUGAAGCCGCUAGCGAAAAGGAGAAGACCAAGACUCAGAAGCCAAAGGACGAUUCUUCAUCGACGAGUCACACCUUGAUGGAUCUGGUUAUUACCAUGGCCGCCUACCUCCCUCGCCAGAGUUUUGCCGCUCUCUUCAACAUUGCGUCUCUUAUCAUCGUCAAGGAUGAUGACCCUCAACUACAGAAGAAGGCCUACAAGCUCAUCCCCCGUUUAGCAGCUUCAGAAAUAGGAAAGGUGGCCUUGGAAGAGCGUUUCAACGAGCUACAGACUCUGUUGCUUUCCAACUCCGAAAAGGUCUCUGUGCCUGCUCGGAGGGAGCGCAUCGCUGCGAUCACGGCCAUGAUCCCCUUCGUCACCGAGGACUCGCUGCACUUCAUCCCUUCGGUUCUCUCCGAAGUCGUGAUCUGCUGCAAGGAGAACAACGAGAGAGCAAGAACCACCGCCUUCGAUCUACUAAUACUUAUGGCACAGAAGCUUGAGGAGUCAAAGGGCCAGAUGAUCCAGAACAACAAGGUCCCACACAUGCCAAGUGAUGCCCCAGCCGUACCUGCAAGCAUUGAAGAGUACGUCACAAUGGUCAGCGCCGGUCUGGCAGGCAGCACUCCCCACAUGAUCUCUGCGUCUAUCACUGCCAUCACGCGAAUUCUUUACGAAUUCCGUGAGACCCUUCCAAAGGAGAUGUUGAGCGAUCUGGUGCAGACAAUGGAUCUGUUCCUCACAUCGAACAACCGUGAGAUUGUGAAGAGUGUUUUGGGUUUCGUCAAGGUCUGCAUCAUUAGCCUGCCGUCGGAUAUGAUGCUUCCUCGAUUGCCCACUUUGUUACCGAACCUGAUGGUUUGGGGACACGAGCACAAGGGCCACUUCAGAGCCAAGGUCAAGCAUAUUCUGGAGAGAAUGGUUCGCCGCUUUGGUUUCGAAAUCGUCAACAAGCACUGCCCCGAAGCUGACCGCAAGCUGAUCAACAACAUCCGCAAGACCAAGGAGCGCAGCAAGAGAAAGAAGGAGGCUGCCAAGGCCGACGGCCAGGAAGGUGACGAGGACCAGGCAGAUGGAAAGCGCCGAAGUCGCUUUGAGAGCGAGUACGACGAGGCUCUCUACUCAAGCGAAGAGUCCGACGCCUCUGAGGACUCGGACGACGAGAUGCUCGGCAAACAGCGCAAGGGCAAGAAGGGAGGCAACACCUACAUCAUGGAAGACGAGGACGAGCCUCUCGAUCUGCUCGACCGGAAGGCUCUGGCUAGCAUCUCGUCCACCAAGCCGUCCAAGAUGCGCAAGGCCGGCAAGACCAAGGCCAAGACCGACAUGGACGGCAAGCUAAUCCUGGGCGACGAUGACGGAGCCGACGACGACGCCAUGGUUCUCGACACACCUGCCGACGGCGCACAAGAAAGCGGCGUUGGCGCCUACGUUGCCGCACUCCGGGGCAAGGACGUCGCACGCCGCGGUCAGCGCGGCCGCCUAAAGUUCUCCAACAAGCACAGGAACCAGGGCGACGAGGACGACGAGAUGGACGUCGACGAGAAGGACAUGGCGACCAUCAAGAACACGUUCAACCGGGGCCGGGGUAGCCCCCGCUCGCGCGGCGGCGACUUUAGAGGCGGGAGGGGCGGCGGCGGAAGAGGUGAUAGAGGCGGAAGGGGGGGACGGAGCGGCCGUGGUUCGUUCUCCGGUGGCCGCAGGGGCCUGGGCGAGGGCAAGAGACACGGCGAGUCCGUCUUUGGCGGCGGCAAGGUCGGCAAGCCGGAUUUCCAGAACCAGAGGAAGGGUGGGCGCAGAUGA